GGGGGGGGCACACCCCCCUGCACUGGCUGGGAGCGGCCGUGGGUCCGGACGCAGGAGGAGGGUGGGCGAAGAGGGUUGCAACACGCGGCCCACGUUCGACCCCGGCGGCCAGGGUUCGAGUCAUCUAGAGGUCCCCGGAGUCAUGUUGUACCCUGGAACAAGAAAAUGUUAUCUCUGCCUACCAAAUGGCCACAUACAACUAUGUCGUUUCUGUUUUCCUCACUGUGGAUCCUCUUAACUGUGUCAAGUCCUUCCUGGUGUCAGGGCAGUGAAACGACUUCUCCAAAAGCUACUGAUGGGACACCUUUUCCUUGGAAUAAAAUGCGCCUCCCAGAGCACCUCAUCCCAAUCCAUUAUGAUCUCAUGAUUCACGCCAAUCUCACCACUCAGACUUUUGGAGGAACCACAGAAAUUCAAAUUACAGCAAGCCAGCCCACGAGUACCAUCAUUCUGCAUAGUCAUCACCUGCAGAUAUCUAAAGCCAGUCUCAGGAAGGGAGUUGGGGAAAGGCAGUCUGAAGAACCAUUGAGGGUCCUGGAAUACCUGCCUCAUGAGCAGAUUGCUCUUCUGGCUCCACAGCCUCUGGUUCCUGGGCACCUCUACACAGUUGUGAUCGACUACACUGGCAAUCUUUCUGACAGUUUCCAUGGAUUUUAUAAAAGUACCUACAGAACCAAGGAGGGGGAAGUAAGGAUACUUGCAUCAACACAGUUUGAAGCUACCGCUGCCAGGAUGGCCUUUCCCUGUUUUGAUGAACCUGCCUUCAAAGCACGUUUUUCAAUCAAGAUUAGAAGAGAGCCAAAGCAUCUUGCUAUAUCCAACAUGCCAUUGGUUAAAUCUGUGACUCUUGCGGAAGGACUCAUAGAAGACCAUUUUGAUGUCACUGUGAAGAUGAGCACUUAUCUGGUGGCCUUCAUUAUUUCUGAUUUUAAGUCUGUCAGCAAGAUGACCAAGAAUGGAGUCAAGGUCUCCAUAUAUGCGGUGCCAGACAAGAUAAAUCAGGCAGAUUAUGCACUGGAUGCUGCAGUGACUCUUCUAGAAUUUUAUGAGGAUUAUUUCAGCAUUCCAUACCCCUUACCCAAACAAGAUCUUGCUGCUAUUCCUGACUUUCAGUCUGGUGCUAUGGAAAACUGGGGACUGACAACAUAUAGGGAAUCUGCUCUGUUGUUUGAUGCUGAAAAGUCUUCUGCAUCCAGUAAGCUUGGCAUCACCAUGACUGUGUCCCAUGAACUAGCCCAUCAGUGGUUUGGGAACCUGGUCACUAUGGAAUGGUGGAAUGAUCUUUGGUUGAAUGAGGGAUUCGCCAAAUUUAUGGAAUUUAUAUCUGUCAGUGUAACUCAUCCGGAACUGAAAGUUGAAGAGUACUUUUUUGGCAAGUGCUUUAAUGCAAUGGAGGUAGACGCCUUAAAUUCAUCACACCCAGUAUCCACACCUGUGGAGACUGCUGCUCAGAUUCGGGAGAUGUUUGACGAUGUCUCUUAUGAUAAGGGAGCUUGUAUUCUGAAUAUGCUAAGGAAUUAUCUAGGUGCUGAGGCAUUUAAAAGUGGCAUCGUGCAGUAUCUCCGGAAGUACAGUUACAAAAAUACAAAAAAUGAGGACCUGUGGAAUAGCAUGGCAAGUAUUUGUCCUACUGAUGCCACACAAGCAGUGGAUGGCUUUUGCUCUAGUGGACAACAUUCCUCUUCAACCUCACAUUGGCAACAGGAAGGCCUUGAUGUGAAAACCAUGAUGAACACCUGGACGCUGCAGAAGGGCUUUCCCCUGAUAACCAUCACAGUGAGGGGAAAGAACGUGCUUAUGAAGCAGGAGCACUAUAUGAAGGGGUCUGCGGAUGCCCAAGAAACUGGGUACCUGUGGCAUGUUCCAUUGACAUACAUUACCAGCAACUCAGACUCAGUCCAUAGAUUUUUGCUGAAAACAAAAACAGAUGUGCUUAUCCUCCCAGAAGAGGUGGAAUGGAUCAAAUUUAACGUGGGAAUGAAUGGCUAUUACAUUGUGCAUUAUGAGGAUGAUGGAUGGGAUUCUCUGGCUGGUCUUUUAAAAGGAGCACAUACAGCAAUCAGCAGUAAUGAUCGGGCCAGUCUCAUUAACAAUGCAUUUCAGCUUGUCAGCAUUGGAAAGCUAUCCAUUGAAAAAGCCUUAGAUUUAAGUCUGUACCUGAAACAUGAAACUGAAAUCAUGCCAGUGUUCCAAGGGCUAAAUGAAUUGAUACCUAUGUACAAGUUAAUGGAGAAAAGAGAUAUGAUUGAAGUGGAAACUCAAUUCAAGGACUUCCUCAUCAGGCUGCUGCAGAAUCUCAUUGACAAGCAGACUUGGACAGACGAGGGCUCAAUGUCGGAGCGAAUGCUGCGGAGCCAGCUGCUCCUCUUGGCCUGUGUGCGCAAGUACCAACCCUGUGUGCAGAGGGCAGAAGGCUAUUUCAAAGCCUGGAAGGAGAGCAAUGGAAAUAUGAGUCUGCCCAGUGAUGUGACCAUGGCAGUGUUUGCCGUGGGGGCCCAGAGCCCUGAAGGCUGGGAAUUUCUGUAUAAUAAAUACCAGUCAUCACUGUCCAGUACUGAGAAAAAUCAGAUUGAAGUUGCCCUUUGUAUUAGCCAAGAUAAGGAAAAGCUUCAGUGGUUACUAGAUCAGAGUUUUAAGGGAGAUGUCAUAAAAACUCAGGAGUUUCCAGAUAUUCUUCGAUCCAUUGGCAGAAACCCUGUGGGCUAUCAGUUGGCCUGGAAGUUUCUGAGGGAAAACUGGAAUAAACUUAUACAGAAGUUUGAACUUGGCUCAGCUUCCAUAAGCUAUAUGGUAAUGGGGACAACAAAUCAAUUCUCCACACUAGCACGACUUGAAGAGGUCAAAGAUUUCUUCAGCUCUUUGAAAGAAAAUGGUUCACAGCUUCGUUGUGUCCAACAGACUAUUGAAACUAUUGAGGAAAACAUACGCUGGAUGGAUAAGAACUUUGAUAAAAUCAGAGUGUGGCUGCAAAACAAAAAGUCUGAAUGGCUAUGAUGGUUCUUUACUGGUUCCUGUGACCUAAAGUCACCAAAAUGUUGCUGAAAUAUUUUCAAACUAAAGAUGGCUGAUUUGACUCA